CCCCAGCCUGGGUGCCACCUUCUCUUGUGUCCCAGCGUCCGCCAUUCGCCGUAGCGCCCCUCGACCGGGUGGAGGCCUUCCUGGUCUGGGGAGAGUCGCAGAGUGCUGCUGGGCGUCCAGGGACCGUGUUGGGAGGCAACUAAGGCGUCGCACGCGCCAAAAGCCAGAAAAAGGGGCUUCCGGGGACCCGGGCGCCUCGAAGUCCUAUCCCCGGGGCGAAGCCGCACCUGAAGGCGCGGGCCUGCAGUGCGCGUGCGCGGCCUUUCCCGCACCUGCUCGCGAGACCCCCCCAACGGCCAGCGGCCCGAGGCCUGGCGCGCGGCGCGGCCGGCAGGUCAUGGCGCAGCUGUGUGAGCCGCGGCGGGGCCGGGCGCUCCUGGCCCUGCUAGCUUCGCUGCUUCUCUCCGGGGCCCAGGCGGUCAGCCGAGACCUAGACGUCCACGAGUCUUGUGGAGUUUCGAAGGUAGUGGGGAAAUGCCGGGCUUCCAUCCCCAGGUGGUGGUACAAUGUCACUGAUGGGUCCUGCCAGCCGUUUGUUUAUGGAGGCUGUGAAGGAAAUGGCAAUAACUACCAGAGCAAAGAGGAGUGUCUUGACAAGUGUGCUGGUGUCACUGAGAACACCAUUGAUGGCAUGGCCAGGAGCAGGAAUGGAGCAGACUCUUCUGUCCUGAGUGCUCCCAGAAAGCAGAAUCCUGAGGACCUCUCUGGUGAGAUCUUCAACUAUGAAGAAUACUGUGUCCCGAAGGCUGUCACUGGGCCUUGCCGCGCAGCCUUCCCUCGCUGGUACUAUGAUGCCGAAAAGAAUUCCUGUAGCAGCUUCAUCUAUGGCGGGUGCAGAGGCAACAAGAACAGUUACCUCUCCCAGGAAGCAUGCAUGCAGCAGUGCUCCGGUAAACAGAUGUAUCCUUUUCUGACCCCAGGCACAAAAGCGGUGAUCCUGGUGGGGCUGUUCAUCAUGGUCCUGAUCCUCCUCCUGGGAGCCUCCAUGGUGUGCCUGAUCCGGGUGGUUCGCAGAAAGCAGGAGCGUGCCCUCCGCACGGUUUGGAGCACUGCGGAUGACAAGGAGCAGCUGGUGAAGAGCGCCCAUGUCCUGUAGAGGCCCAGUGCUCAGAGACGGGGCGGGCAGGGGCAGCAUGUGCCGUCUAAAAAGAGAGCAACUGCUUGUUGAGAUCAUUAGGGAGUUUGGUCUUUGUUUCCCAGCCCUGUAGCUUAGGGCCUCCCCUGACCCUGUCCUCCCACAGCUCCCUCUGCUGUCCCCAUCGCCUCCUUUAGCAGCUCUAGGAGCCCCAUGCUUGUAGUCUUCACUGUUUGUUUGAUUUAUGUGGGGUUUUUUUUUUUUUUUUUUUAAGUAGAUAAAGGUUUUUUAAAAAUCAGGAUUCUAAGAGAAAGAAUGUUUAAUAAAGUGGGCCUUUUAAAAUAAAAUUUACUAUGUA